GCAUUCCCUUCAAACAGAUGAAUGAAGGCAUGAGUUCAGCUUUGUAGACUCCCGGGUUUUUCGAUCAGUUAUCGUCGUAUCGAGGUAUGCUCAAUCCAGAACUUCUUGGCUGUCUAUGAAGAGAGGAAUGACAAUUCAGAAACCAAGGUUGCCAGAUAAAAGACUGCUCUGCUCUGCAUUUGAUGAACCCAACAUGGAGACGCCCGCAAAAAAGAUCGUGAGUGAUCCGAAACAAUUCACAACUUUUGUGCAAGCCGACACUGAGACUUUCAAGGAUGUUGUCCAACGGCUUACAGGGUCAUCAGAAGCAGCACACGAAGUAACUACUGCAAAAGGUAAUAUCGGCAUAAAAAAACCAGAAUUUAAACUACAUGAAAGAAGACAAUACAAGGCCAAGUUAGAGAUUAUUAAACCUCCUCUAAGGGUUGUUCGAACAAGCCCUAUGAACACCCCGACGAAAUGCUUCUCAAACCUAUCUUUAGUUGAAAGAGAAAGCAGAGGUGAAGCAUCGGCCCCAGAUCUGGAUACACAAGAAGAAGAGAAAGCUAUCAGAGAGAGGCGAUUUUAUUUACAUCCUUCCCCGAGAUCAAAACCAGGGUUUAAUGAACCAGAGUUACUCAGUUUGUUCCCUCUAACAUCUCACCAAACAGGUGAAGAAUCGAAAAUUUUCCAAAAAGAGUAGUGAGUAACUAUUAUAAAAGUAGAGCAUGAAAAGGCAGCUUGCUUUCCUCUUUUCUUACACUUUUCUUCUCCCUUCGAAGAGAAGACUCGUCAACAUCUUUCUGGGCAGGCAAAAAACCUAGAGAUCUUAGUUCUUACUGUCAGCUAAUUGAUCACAUCAGAUAGUGAAAAAAGGAUGAUGUUGUAACCAGCUGCUUCACCAAACUCCGUAUAAUUGCAUAGUAUUAUACUUGAGAUAUAUAGGCUGAGAAUUUCUUACAUUAGAUAUAUAUCUACUGUCUCAUUGCAUAUGUAACUUGUAGACUCGAAAGCUAUUGUUUUCCAUUAUAACACAAUCUUUGAUUUUUUGAAAUA